AUGACUCUAAAUGUGAAAGAAGAUUUAAAACCACGAAGAAGGAAAAAGAGAACUGAAAGAAAACAAAAGAUAAAGAAAUCCAAUUUUGGAAAACCUGAAAAAAGCCAAAAAAAGAAUGAAGAUAAAGAUUCAAGAUAA